CUGUCAGCUGGAGAAAAUUUCAGAAGAAAAUAAAUAGUCAGUGCAAUCGGUCGAUACUCGGAGCAAAAGGAAAAUUCCGCAAAAAUCCGGAACUAUGGUCGGAAAUGACCGUUUUUCCUUCCAAAAUACGGUGCACUGCCUGGCCCGGGUGCUGGCGCGCAUAAAACCAACCCCGUGGGACAAGGUCCAGAGUCUGUUCCGAUACUGUCCGCAGGAGAAUGCGGCCGGGGUGUUCUGCUUGGACUCGCGGGCGCAGGAUGCCGUCAUCGCGUUGGGGCUUUACUUUCUGGAGAGUGGCUACCAGUACGAGAAGGAAAUCAUUCCGUAUUUGCUGCGACUUUCCAAGGCCUUGCCCAGGGCGGUUUGGAUCGAUGACGUCAAGCCGAACAAAAUCGAUAAAAUUCCAACAGCGGAAAAGUUCAGCUUCUGUUUGAACAGCUUGCUGUCGGAUAUUGCCGUUGGAUGUCCGGAAAGUCGCGACGAGAUCAUCGUGAACCAGGUCGAGGUUCUUACGGUCCUCACCAACAUGAUCAAAACAAGUCGCGAAAGUAGCAAUCUUCCGCCGAUCAUCCUGUGCAAGGCCACCGUUCCGUUGCUUCUGGGUUUGGGUCGGUCCAUGGGACGUUACGCCACAACGGAUCCACCACUUCUGUGCCGGCUCUUCCCGAGAGAUGAAAUUCCGGUACUCAAAACUCCGGAGCAACCCGCCGACUCAAAGUCAAAUAAUACCAUCAGUCAAUUCCGCUCCAUCAUACCACGGUCCAUGUCGGGAAGCCUGACGGCGGAGAUAACCGAGGAAAAGUCUCCCAAAAACAACAAGAAGAAGCUCAACUCCUUCUACUCGGUCCCGUACGACCAAACCACCUAUUUCUUCUCCAAGUACGGCUCCAGCUUCAACCAAUUCCCCAACAUGCGCUUCUGCGACUCGCCUGAGAAGAAGAACCGGCUCCAAUUUCCCAUCAACCACCUCCAAACGAUCUUCGCCCUGGCCAAGAAGCUCCUCACCAAGGAAACCCUCGAGCAUCUGGACGAGCAAGCCGGAGACAUCUACUCUCUCCACCAGAUCAAACCGUACGGCUACAAGAGCUUCUCCGAGACCAUCAACCUGGUCAUGGUCACGCUGCUUCGGGAGAUCCUCCAGAACCAGUCCGACCUGCCGACGCCCUUCACCAAGGACGUGCAGGAGUUUGUGAAGCGUCUGUUUCUGAUCGGCCAGACCGAGCUGCAAAACAAGCAGCACGACAGCACCGUGGACAAGGUCAACGAUCCGUCCAACAGCGUCGUCAACAAGUACAAGAUCAACGUGAUGGCGAAUGCCGCCUGUGUGGAUCUGCUCGUGUGGGCCAUCGGGGACGAGACGGAUGAUUCAACGAACCCGACAACAGACAAAAUUGAGAACCGGCGGCAGCGAUCAUUCGGAAUCGUCUGGCUCGACGAACUGCAAGCGCCCUAUGGAACGCCGUGGAAACAUCUCAAGAAGGCUGAUAAGCUGUGCAGUCGGUUGUACCAGAAGCUGAACUCGGUGCUGGGUCACAAGGUGGUGAUGGACCAUAUGCCGUUGUUGAUGGUUUGUUUGGAGGGUUUGGGUAAAUUAGCGCAAAAGUUCCCCAACAUUGCUGGAACGUCGAUCUCGUACCUGCGAGACUUUCUCGUCGAUCCAAGUCCGAUUCUCACCAAGUUGCAUGCCCAAUCGCAGGCUCAGAACAAAAAGGACAAGGAGAAUGCACCGUUCAGGAUUGUUGUUCAGGGAUCCGACUUCAAGGCGCUCGAUCAACAGGUCAACUACCGCAAGGGUCUCACCAAGUCCGCCCACGAGGCGUUCGAAGCGUUGCGCGACGCAGCGAUCGAAAACCUCGCGAUCGCCCUCAAGGCCGCCCACGGUCUCGACCCGUACUGCGUCCCCGCCCUGGUCGCCAACGUGUCCAAUCGCCUAUUCACGGUCGAGAAGCAGGAAACCGAAUCCAGCCUGGUUUCCCUCAAUAUCAUCGUGAUGCUCGGUCACGUGGCCGUCGCCCUGAAGGACACCCCCAAGACGACCAACAACAUCCUGCAGUUCUUCAUCCAGCGGUUCUGCAAGGUGCCCUCGGAGCAGAACGUGCUCAUCGUGGACCAGCUGGGCUGCAUGAUCAUCUCCAAGUGCGAGCCCGUGGUGUUUGAGGAGAUCAUGAAGAUGUUUUCGCGCGUCACCGUCCAGGCGGCGUCCCUCGCCUACUCGACCAAUCCGGAGCAAAGUGUUUACAGGAAGUCGUACCACCACGUGUCGGACGCGGUGGUGAACGCGUUGGCCAACAUCGCCGCCAACAUCCAGGGCGAGCUGGAGAUGCUGGACCUGCUCGGGAAGCUGCUGGAGCUGUUUGUGCAGAUUGGGCUGGAGGGCGAACGGUCGUACGACAGCACCUCGGGGGCGGCCCAGAAGGCCAGCUCGAGCGCCGGCAAUCUGGGCAUGCUGAUUCCGGUGAUUGCCGUUCUGGUGCGCCGGCUCCCACCCAUCAAGAACGCCAAGCAGCGGCUGCACAAGCUGUUCAAGGACUUUUGGCUGUACUGCGUCGUGAUGGGUUUCACCAAUGCGCGCCUCUGGCCAUCCGACUGGUACCAAGGAGUGCAGCAGAUCGCGGCCAAAUCUCCGCUGUUGAUAUCACAGACGGCGCACCGGUCGGAGAUGCGCGAGCUGAACUACACCUCGGCCAUCCGGUCGGACAGCGUCAGCUUGAACGAGCUGAGGAGUCAGAUUCUGGUCCUGUUGGAUCAUCCUCCGGCGGAGAUUACGGCUUGCAUUAAUAAGUUGACGUUCGCGCAGUGUACUUAUCUGUUGAGCGUGUACUGGCUGGAGAUUCUGCGCGUUGAGAACGCUUCCGAGCCCAGCUUGGAGCCGAUCUUGAACUACCUGUGCGAUAACGCGCUGCUGAAAGACAAGUACGGGAUGUGGCAGUGUAUCCGCUGUAUCGGGGAUCAGGUGUUUGAGAAGUUCCGGAGCGUCCUGUUGGCGCAGGAUGUUGUGAGGGAGAAGGUUCUGGAAUCGCAAGCAAUGUUGUUGUUGGUCUACUUUAACCAUAUCCACAAGCAGAUCCAGCUCGUUGCGGAUCAGUAUUUGUCCCAGCUGGUCGACAAGUUCCCGCAUCUCCUUUGGAACCGGAAGGUUCUGUGGUGCAUGCUGGACGUUCUCCAGCUGCUAGCGUUCUCCCUGACGCUGGAUCCCAACGAAGAAACGCCGACCUUGCGCGUGGCGUCCACUCCGUACACUCUGCAGUUGAUGGACAGUCUUCCGGCGCGUGAAAGCCGUGUCAAGGACUUUGCCGACCGCUGCCAGGGCAUUGUCAACGAGGCGAUGAAGUGGGCUCCCAAGUCCACCCGAAGUCAUCUGCAAGAGUACCCAAACCAGGUACCGUCGACGACUCUCUCCAACCACAGCGGGCUGGCGCUGGCUGUGGAUUCGAUCCUCCACACCUGGGUCACCAAUGCGAGCAUCCAGACGACCUCGAAGCGGCCACACUGUGUCAACAGUGACACCUCCAAGUUCGUGUCGGUUCUCUGUCUGCGUAGCAAAUACGCAGGAGAAAUCUCCGGCUUGCUGUCGGUUCUGGAAGACGAGGAGAAAAAAGGUUUGGCCGACCGUCUGGUGAAGGAAAUUUGGGACGCCUGCGCGGAGAAGAAUGACCCCAAGCAUCGUGGAGCUCUCUGGAGAGCCACCGCUUACCUAAUCCUCUGCUCCAGCGCCAACCGGAAGUUGCUGCACGCGAUCUCCUCCUCCCAGGUUCAGCUCUUUACUGAAUCCGCGAUGGAAACGGCCGUCGAGUGCUGGCAGUGGAUCCUGACCGCCCGGCAGGACCUAGAGCUUUGCUUCAUCCAGGAGAUGGUCACCGCUUGGCAAACCACGUUCGACAAGCGGAUCGGGCUGUUCACGGAAGAAGUCGACAUUACCAGUCCGCUGGCGGCUUACGAGGGCUGUAAGCUUGUUCCGAAGCCCAUCGUCGUCGCUCCACACUUGAUCUGGCUUCAGCUCCUAUCGGAGAUGGUCGACACCGCCAAAUACUGCAACCGUGACAAAGUCGAGAUGUUCUGCAUGCUGCUCCAUCGGUGUCUUCCGUUCAGCCGAGAUUUCAAGCAAACCCGACACAUCUCAACCGUCGGAUGCCGUUUCAAGCUGCUCCAGUGCGGCUUGUCUCUUCUGCAAGGCAACACGAUCCCAAAAUCGCUUGCCAGGAACAUCCUGCGCGAGCGGAUCUACGCCAACGCGCUGGACUACUUCUGCGGACCCCAACUUUGCCCAAGCCAACCGCGAGAAGCGCUGCUCGAGGACAUCGGGGUCCUGCUGAAAUUCUGGCAGACUAUGCGCAGCGAAAAGAAGCACCUCGUCGCUUCGGAAGUAAGCGAUUACGAUCUAAACCCGGCGACGACGCAAAAUCUCUCCGUCAACAAGUCUUCUCUGGAUACCGUUUCGCUCGCCGGAAGCGAAGUAGCACGCUCCACCAGCAGUGGAAACGCCGGCUGGUACAACACCAUUCCUCACUCCACAUCAACGCUGUCGAAGCGAUCGAGCCGGAUCAAGCGUCCACCCUACCAGAAGGACGCCUACGACAAGGACUACAUGAAGAAGCGCAACCUCAUUCUGGAACUGCUAGCCGUCGAGAUCGAGUUCAUGCUCAUCUGGGCGAACCCUCUUUCCACCCCGGAACUACAAGUUCUCGGCGAAGAAUCCGUCUCCGAGUGGCGCGCUCGCCCCAUCAAGCUGAACGUCUGGCGCGACUACACCCGCCUCGCUUGGUCCUACAACCCCGCACUCGCCAUCUUCCUGCCCCAGCGUAUCCGGAACGCCGAAACCAUCGAAGACGAAGUGACCCGCCUGGUCUGCUCGGACCCGCUAGCCGCCAUCCACAUCCCGGAAGCACUCAAAUAUCUCGUCACGACGAGAACCCUCCUCAACGAGGCUCCCGAGCUCGUCUACAUGCUGACCUGGGCCCGCGUCAACCCGAUCCAGUCCCUCUCGUACUUCUCGCGCCAAUAUCCGACGCAUCCGCUGACGGCGCAGUACGCCGUCAACACCCUCAACGCGUACCCGGCCGAAGCCGUACUUCCCUACAUUCCCCAACUGGUGCAGGCGCUGCGGCACGAUACGAUGGGAUACGUGACGGAGUUUAUCAAGCACAUCUCCAAGCGCUCGCAGAUUGUGGCUCACCAGCUGAUUUGGAAUAUGCAGACCAACAUGUAUAUUGACGAGGAGAUGCACAACAAAGAUCCUGUUUUGUACGACGGUCUGGAGGCCCUGUCCGCGAACAUCAUCUCUUCCCUGUCCGGUCCGGCGAAGCGCUUCUACGAGCGGGAGUUUGAUUUCUUCGGCAAAAUUACGGCCGUCAGCGGAGAGAUCCGUUCGUUCCCGAAGGGGCAAGCCCGCAAGAAGGCCUGCCUGGAUGCGCUCAGCCGUAUCAAGGUGCAGGCCGGGUGCUACCUGCCGUCGAAUCCGGAAGCGAUGGUGCUGGAUAUCGAUUACAACAGCGGAACACCGAUGCAGAGCGCGGCGAAGGCACCGUACUUGGCCCGGUUCCGGGUGCAUCGGUGCGGUAUUAACGAGUUGGAGACGAUGGCCAUGGAGGUUUCGAACAAUCCGAACAAUCAGCUGGACGGCGGGCCGAAGUUGAGCUCGAUGGGUCCGGAAAUGUGGCAGGCUGCCAUCUUCAAGGUGGGCGAUGACGUGCGGCAGGACAUGCUGGCGCUGCAGGUGAUUUCGAUCUUCAAGAACAUCUUCCAGCAAGUGGGGUUGGAGUUGUUCCUGUUUCCGUACCGGGUGGUCGCCACGGCUCCGGGGUGUGGCGUGAUCGAGUGCGUUCCGAACGCCAAGUCUCGCGAUCAGUUGGGCCGACAGACGGAUUCUGGGUUGUACGAGUACUUCCUGCACCAGUACGGAGACGAAACGUCCAAAGAGUUCCAGGCGGCUCGCAGUAACUUUGUCAAGUCGAUGGCCGCCUACUCGGUGAUCGGAUAUCUGCUGCAGAUCAAGGAUCGUCACAAUGGCAACAUCAUGAUCGACAAGGACGGUCACAUCAUCCAUAUUGAUUUUGGCUUCAUGUUCGAGUCGUCGCCGGGCGGCAACAUUGGCUUCGAGCCCGACCUGAAGCUUACGGACGAGAUGGUGAUGGUCAUGGGCGGCAAGAUGGAGGCCGCUCCGUUCAAGUGGUUCUGCGAUCUGUGCGUGCAGUCGUUCCUCGCGAUCCGUCCCUAUCAGGACGCGAUCGUGACGCUGGUUUCGCUCAUGCUGGACACUGGGCUGCCGUGCUUCCGGGGACAGACGAUUACGCUGUUGAAGCAGCGCUUUGUUCCGACGAAAAACAACAAAGAAGCGGCGGCCCACAUGCUCGGCGUGAUCCGGAACUCGUACCAGAACUUCCGCACCAGGACGUACGACAUGAUCCAGUAUUACCAGAACCAGAUUCCGUAUUAAAAAGGCGCGUAUUUUUUGGGAGAAGGGGAAAAGGUAAGUGGGAAAUUGCAUUUUAGAAGCAAGGAGGGAAUACCAACUUUGUGGGAAUAUAUCAUUGUGUGCGUUUGUGUUGGAAGGGAAUAUUUAUUCGGGACAAAGUCUAUUCUGAUGUGAUGCAAGCUAUAGUCAAACUCAACCUGUUUGUUGAUCUAUCUUGUUAUUGGUGUAACAAAUAAAAUUAUUGGUAAAUGUGCAA